AUGACGCCUUCGUGUUUAAUACGGGAAGACGGGCGGGAAAAACUGGGGUUGACACUGGCUGGCAUUAGCAGCAUUCUGAGCGUUUUAGGUGUUGUGACGAUCUGCGCCUCUGUUUACAUGAAAGUGAAAAUCGACGACAGGAUCAUUCUGUUGGGCUCCUAUACCGGAAGCGCUUUUACAGACUACGUAAUAGCAACUGGUGUUCUAGUUUUCCUUAUCAACGGCUUUAUCACCAAGGUGGCCCUAGACUGUUCAGAUCAAGACACCCGUGACACUUUUCAAGGCAUCCUCGCUUUCAUGGUUGUGGUUCUUUUCCUGCUAUCCAUCUUAGUGCUUGUGGCAGCCAUAUUGUGCUACAGACAUCACAAUGACAUUGACGAAGCUUUAGAAAGCGGAUUCUUGACGGCCAUGAUGAAAUACAAAAGUGAAGCAGCCCUGAAAACAGAGCUCGAUAUGUUACAGAUGGAGUUCCGGUGCUGUGGAGCAGACUCGUACGUUGAUUGGUUUCACGUGAGCUGGAUACACAGAAACUACAUUAACACGAGCGAUUCCAGAAUUAAACUUAAGCUGAAGGAGAAUGGCUACCUGACAGACGACGUGCCGUUCAGCUGCUGUGACAUCGGAGCAUUACGACCUUGUAUACAUCACUCCAUGACACAUGCCAGCAAGCACCCCAGCUUUGAUCGAGAGACAAUCCACACCAUAGGUUGUAAUGCGGCACUCAGGACGUACUAUCAGGAAAGCGUUUUCUUACCGGCUGGUUGCGUGGCUAUAGCGGCAUUUUCACUGCAGCUCCUCGCCACUAUUCUGCUAAGGUUACUUCAGACAUCGAUAAAGUCCGCUUUAGAGUACGGAGAUCCGGAAGGCCCGGGGGAUGCUUACAUCAUUAAAUCCCUACCGUGUAGGAGUGAUGGCUCAUGGAGUUUCGGCGAGUACGGAGAGGGAGGAGGUGGGGGAGGGGGAGGAGGUGGGGGUGGGAAAGAGAAGAAAGACAAAGGCAAAAAGAAGGAAAAGAAUAAAAAUCAGAAAAAGAAAGAUUCAAAAAAGAAGAGUUCGGGCAAAAGUAAACCCUCUAAGGGAGGAGGUGGGGGAGGGGGAGGAGGUGGGGGUGGGAAAGAGAAGAAAGACAAAGGCAAAAAGAAGGAAAAGAAUAAAAAUCAGAAAAAGAAAGAUUCAAAAAAGAAGAGUUCGGGCAAAAGUAAACCCUCUAGUAAGGCACCAAAAAGGGGCAAAAAGUAG